AUGGACUCCACUGUCUUUACGAACGGUCGCAUAUUUACCCCCGGCGAUAAACCGGACGAACAUGUGUUCCAGGAAGCCAUGGUCAUCGUGGGCGACCGUAUCGAACAUGUUGUUGGAAGAAGCACCGACGACGCCGUGCGAGGUGCCUUGUCGGCUGGCGCGACACAUAUCGACUUGGCCGAUAAAAUUGUGGUACCAGGGUUUAUCGACAGUCAUAUGCACAUCGUCGACUUUGCACUCUCACGUCGUAAGCUCGAUCUGCUGCAUUGCAAGUCGCUAGACGACAUUCGGCGUGAGAUCAGGGCAUAUGCCGAGAAACAUCCGAGCGAGCCCCGGAUCGUCUGCAAGAGUUGGAUUCAAUCAACCACGGGCGGAGUCGCCUUGGCCAGCAUGUUGGACGAUUUGGAUCCUCGUCCCAUUUACAUUCAUGCCAAUGAUUUGCAUUCGGGGUGGUGCAAUACGGCUGCGUUGGAGGAGAUUGGCGCACCGACGAUGGCCGACCCGCCUGGAGGAAAGAUCCAUCGCGACGAGAGCGGUUGGCCCACGGGGUUGCUGAGCGAAACUGCCCACCUGGCAGUUGUGCCUCCGUUUCUCACCAAAGCGACCUCUAAACAGGACAAGUUGGCUGCGUUGACAGACGCGGCGGCUGCUUAUAGUGCCGCCGGAUACACUGGAAUGAUUGACAUGGCCAUGGAUGACAUGGAAUGGGAUGUUCUUAAGGAAUUUCGAAAGCAAUGCGGCGAUAGCUUCCCUUUUCACAUUGCAGCACAUUGGCUGAUCCCUUAUUCCGAGGAUCUAAACGAAAUUAUGCGGCAUCUGGAUACGGCAAUCGCCCGGAACCGCGAAUACAGCCCGACGCAAUGCCCCGAAUUCUGCAUCGUCGGGAUCAAGCUCAUGUCUGACGGAGUUGUUGACGGAUGCACCGCAGCUUUGAAGGAGCCUUACGAUGGCUCGACAGACCUUAUUCCCACCAUCUGGCCUGCAGACGCGCUUGAGGCUGUGGUCAAGAAGGCGGACGCAGCUGGCCUCCAGUGCGCGAUCCACGCCAUCGGAGACCAGGCAGUAAAACAAGCCAUUGAUGGACUUUCGCACGCUCAACCGGGUCACCGACAUCGCAUCGAGCAUCUCGAGUUGACGGCACCCGAAGAUGCCAAACGCCUGGGCCAACUGGGAAUCACCGCCUCCGUUCAGCCCGUCCAUUCCGACCCGGCGCUGUUUCGAGCAUGGCCUGAUCUCAUCGGCAAGCAUCGCUGCAGUCGCGCAUUCGCCUAUAAGGACUUCCUGGAUGGAGGCGCGCCCGUCGCCAUCGGGACCGACGCGCCAACGGCAAAUCAUCUCUCACUGCCCAACUUGUAUAAUGCGACGACCCGCCGGUCGGCUAUCGAGCCGGAGUGCGACGAGACUGUGAACUCGCAUUUUGGUAUUUCCCUUGGGGCGGCAGUGACUGCGGCAAGCACCGGAGCAGCGUAUUCGCGGUUUGCGGAUACGUGGACGGGCAGGCUGCGCAGGGGAUAUCGGGCGGACUUUGUGGUUCUGGAUAUGGAGUGGGACGCGGAGAGUUUACUGAAAGCGAAAGUUCAGCAAACGUGGGCACGAGGGAGGAAGUCGUACGAGGGAGAAACGAGUGACACGAAGUUGCGAUGA